UAAGAGGUCCUGAGAAAAGAUCUUAUAUAAAGAGACACAUGUAGUAGUGUUAAUUAUAACCAAACUUUCUUUCUUGUCUAUUCCAUUCUCAUCCAAAACACAAAAACAACAUGUUGAAUCUUAAAUGCUUAGUUGAAUCCAACUCUCUAAAGUCUAUUCCUUCAAACUAUAUUUGCCUCAACAAAAAUGAAGAACAUGAUUCCAUAUUGUUGAAUGAAACAAACAACAUUCCAACCAUUGAUUUUUCUCAGCUCAUAUCAUCCGAUCCUAACGACCGUUCUAUCGCUAUUCAAAAACUCGGUGAUGCAUGUCGUGAUUGGGGUUUUUUUAUGUUGACAAAUCAUGGAGUGUCAGAGACAUUGAGAGAUGAGGUGUUAAGAGGAUGCCAAAGUUUUUUCGAUCUAUCAAAUGAAGAUAAAAAGGAAUAUAUUGGUGAGACACUAUUUGAUCCCAUUAGAUGUGGUACAAGCUUCAAUCUGAAAGUAGACAAAACUCUUUACUGGAGAGAUUAUCUCAAAUGCUAUGUUCAUCCUCACUUUCAUGUUCCCAACAAGCCCAUUGCUUUUAGUGAAACUUUAGAGGAAUAUGUCACAAAGAGCAGGGAAUUAAUUAGAGAGUUGCUAAAAGGAAUAUCAGUUAGCUUGGGCUUAGAAGAAAAUUACAUAUACAAAAUGAUGAAUGUAGAUAUGGGCUCCCAACUGCUUGUUAUCAAUUAUUACCCACCUUGCCCUAAGCCCGAACUUGUCAUGGGCUUACCACCUCACACGGAUCAUGGACUUUUGACUCUCUUGAUGCAAAAUGAGCUUUGUGGGCUUCAAAUUGAACAUAAUGGCAAGUGGGUUCCUGUCAACCCAUUACCCAACUCAUUUCUCAUCAACACUGGAGAUCAUCUGGAGAUACUUACGAAUGGAAAAUACAAGAGUGUUAUUCAUCGUGCUAUAGUGAUGAAUAAGAAAGCUGCUAGAAUUUCUGUUGGUACAGCACAUGGGCCCACACUUGACACCAUUGUCACCCCUGCACCGGAGCUGCUUAGCAAGGAUGAUCCAUCAACAUAUCGUGGCAUUACAUAUAAAGAUUAUUUGCAACUUCAACAAAGUCGUGAGUUAGAGAGAAAAUCAUGCUUAGAGCGUAUUCGAAUUUGAAUUGAGCAUUGUUAUUAUACUUACAUAUAUUUGGUCUUAAUGUUAACUUGUAAGUUGACGAGUUGAAUUAUAAUUUAGUGUGUGUUUA